AUGCAGUGCAUGGCAGUUCAACACCAAUUUACUACUUCAUCUCUCCUUAUAUGCAAAAGUAGUUUUGGUACACUUAUUACACCAAAAACAUUUAGUACUGCAAGAGCAAAAUCAAAAGUAAGAUCAAGUACUUGCUACCCCAUCCAAUGUAGUGUGGUCAACAGCUCUAAUGCUACUACAAUAGAUCGAAGAUCAGCUAACUAUGAGCCACCGAUUUGGUCUUUUGAUUACAUUCAAUCUCUUUCAAGCCAAUAUAAGGGAGAACCCUAUACAACUCGACUGAAUAAGCUAAAGAUAGAUGUGAAAAGGAUGUUAGUUGAGAUGGAAAGCUCUUUAUUAUUGACUCAACUUGAGUUGAUUGAUACACUGCAGAGACUUGGAAUAUCUUACCAUUUUGAGAAUGAAAUCAAAACUCUUUUGAAGAAAAAGUUCAUCACCAAUACUAUUGUGAAUAAUCCUACUUGUGAUUUAUACACCACUGCCCUUGAGUUUAGGCUUCUGCGUCAGUAUGGAUUUGCAGUAACUCAAGAAAUUUUUAACGUUUUUAAGGACGAGAGAGGAGAGUUCAAGGCUAGUGAUGUUAUGGGAGUGUUAGCCUUGUACGAAGCCUCUUUCUAUGAGAAAAAAGAUGAAAAUAUUUUGGAGGAAGCAAGAGUUUUCACAACUGAAUAUCUCAAAAAAUACAUGAUUAUGAUGGAGCAAAAUAAAUUAUUAUGUAAAGAUGAUAAUAAUAUGGUAUUAUUAGUGAGACAUGCCUUGGAGAUUCCACUUCAUUGGAGGACAACAAAAACAGAAGCUAGGUGGUUCAUUGAUGUGUAUGAGAGAAGAAAAGACAUGAAUAAUAAUAAUAAUAAUAAUAAUAAUAAUAAUAAUAAUUCUACUUUGCUUGAGUUUGCCAAAUUGGAUUUCAACAUGGUACAAUCAAUAUAUCAGGAAGAUCUAAAGCAUUUAUCCAGGUGGUGGAGUCAUUCUAAGCUUGGAGAGAAAAUGGAUUAUGCUAGAGAUAGAUUGGUGGAGGCUUUUCUAUGGCAGAUUGGAGUAAGAUUUGAGCCAGAAUUCAGCUACUUUAGGAGAAUAUCUGCAAGAUUAUAUGUUCUAAUUACAGUAAUUGAUGAUAUAUAUGAUGUGUAUGGAACUUUGGAAGAACUAGAGCUUUUCACAAAUGCUGUUGAGAGGUGGGAUGUGAAAGCAAUAGAUGAGUUACCGGAUUACAUGAAGAUGCCUUUCUUUACUCUAUUUAAUACCAUAAAUGAAAUGGCUUAUGAUCUACUAGGAGAGCAAAAUUUUGUCAAUGUUAAAUUCCUCAAGAAUACGUGGGCAGAGUUGUGUAGAUGUUAUUUGCAUGAGGCAAAAUGGUUCUAUAGUGGAUACAAACCAACCUUAAAAGAAUAUAUUGAUAAUGCUUGGCUUUCAAUUGGAGGACCAGUUAUUUUUGUGCAUGCAUUUUUCUCUUUUACAAAUCCCAUAACAAAAGAGGCAUUACAGUUCUUGGAAGAUGGUUAUUAUCCUUCUAUAAUUCGCCAAGGAUCCACAAUUUUAAGACUUGCAGAUGAUCUUGGAACAUCAUCAGAUGAGUUGAAAAGAGGUGACAUUCCUAAAUCGAUUCAAUGUUACAUGCAUGAUACUGGUAUUUCUGAAGACGAAGCUCGUGAGCAUAGCAAAUUUAUGAUAAGUAAAAUAUGGAAGGAGAUGAAUAGUGAAGAUGAAUAUAACUCUUGUUACUCGAAAGAGUUUGUCCAAGUUUGCAAAAAUCUUAGUAGAAUGGCACUAUUCAUGUACCAGCAUGGAGAUGGACAUGGCUCUCAGACUAGUCAAACAAAGGAACGCAUUUAUGACUUGAUUAUUAAUCCAAUUCCCAUGUAA